CCGCCGGUGUUAGAAACGCGCAGACAUGAGCGACGUGGAGGAGAACAACUUCGAGGGGAGGGAGUCGCGCUCCCAGUCAAAAUCACCAGCUGGGAGCCCUGCUCGUGUAAAAUCUGAGAGCAGGUCAGGAUCUCGUAGUCCAUCAAGAGCUUCUAAGCAUUCUGAAUCACGAUCUCGAUCAAGAUCAAAAUCCAGGUCUAGAUCGAGAAGGCAUUCUCACAGGCGCUACAGUCGCUCUCGAUCCCAUUCUCACAGAAGGCGAUCACGAAGCAGGUCCUACACCCCAGAGUAUCGUCGUAGAAGGAGCCGCAGUCACUCUCCAAUGUCUAACCGAAGGAGGCACACUGGUAGCAGAGCUAAUCCAGAUCCUAAUACAUGUCUUGGAGUGUUUGGCCUCAGCUUGUAUACCACUGAGAGGGAUAUUCGUGAAGUCUUCUCCCGUUAUGGACCUUUAUCUGGUGUCAAUGUAGUUUACGAUCAACGGACUGGACGAUCACGAGGAUUUGCUUUUGUUUACUUUGAAAGAAUAGAUGAUUCUAAAGAGGCAAUGGAACAUGCAAAUGGAAUGGAACUGGAUGGCAGGAGAAUCCGUGUAGAUUACUCCAUCACAAAGAGAGCACACACGCCCACCCCUGGCAUUUACAUGGGCAGGCCAACCCACAGUGGCGGAGGUGGUGGAGGUGGAGGUGGUGGAGCUGGCCGUCGACGCGAUUCCUACUAUGACAGAGGGUAUGACAGAGGGUAUGACAGAUAUGAAGAGUAUGAUUAUCGCUAUAGGAGGCGAUCUCCUUCUCCUUAUUAUAGCCGUUACAGAUCACGAUCAAGAUCUCGUUCCUACAGCCCAAGGCGCUAUUGAAGAACAGAAGCCAGUGACAUUUGCAAACAUGAUUUUUAAACAGCAAGUUCUGACCUAGUUUUUUUUCCUAUAGAUCCCCUGG